AUGGAAGAAGACGUCUUAUCGGAUAAGGCAUCGCUGGGUGGCCGUCCUGUACUGGACGGUUUGCCGAUCAGCAACACAACUGCGCUCCAAAAAGAGCGUAGCCAUUUGGCUGAUAUACUGCAGCAGGAUCACUGGGAACUAGGGCAUCUUACCCGAAAGAGUGUCCCUGCAACGGGCGCUACUUCCGUCGCUGCGUCCUUGGGGCCUGAUGGCUUUCCAAUCUCAAGGAAACGGCGAAAGCUGGAUAACGGUGCUCCUUACGCCGGGCCACUACCAAGAAGAUACCGACAAUGGGACGCUAGCGCGCUCGUACCGUAUUACACGCAAAAGAUGGACAUGCCCCCUUCUCUGCAGAAGUGGUUCGGUCGACGACACCACUUAUUCUCUCUCUAUGACAAAGGAUGCCUGAUGGAUGAAGUCGGGUGGUUCAGCGUCACUCCGGAGAAGAUCGCCGACCAGAUCGCCGAGCGAUGUCGGUGCGAUGUCGUGCUCGACGCAUUUUGUGGUGUAGGAGGAAACGCGAUUGCUUUUGCGAGGACGUGUGACCGAGUGAUAGCGAUCGACAACUCUUCCAUACGUCUUGCCUUGGCACGACAUAAUGCCGCUCUGUACGGUGUCGCCGAUCGUAUCGAGUUCAUCCUUGCCGACUACCCUACUUUCGCACGGUCUCUUAUCCAGCUCCCUUCUUCCAGCCCUUCGAGACGCAAGAUCGAUGUCGUGUUCAUGUCCCCACCCUGGGGUGGGCCGGAAUACAACAAGCCUGCGGAAGGAGAGGAGGGGAUUGGAGAGCCUGCUACGUAUAAGUUGGCGGCGAUCAGCCCCGUGCAUGGGAAGGAGCUGUUCGAGCUCAGCAGAGGGAUUACGAAGAAUGUUGCAUAUUACCUGCCGAGACAUGUCGAUCUGGAGGAAGUGAGUGCACUGCUGGACAAAGAAGGUGGGGAGAUGGUCGAAGUGGAAGAGGAAUGGAUGGCGAAUCGGUUGACAGCGGUGACAUGCUACUUCGGUGGGCUGGCAGAGGGACAGGGGGACAUGUUCGACGAGCCGACAGCCUAG